GAGAAAAGAGAAGAAACCCCAAAUUAAAUAGCAGUUCUAAUUUUCGCCGGGGCAAAAGAAACCCUAAUUUUCGCCGGCGGCGAUUAAAAUCACUCUAACGACCGGUGCGUAGAUUGCAAGAACUAAUCUUCUUAACUUCAUUAUAGUUUUCGAUUUCUCCAGACCGAAUUCUAACUCGGAUUAUUACGGAAUUCGAGUGAUUAUGGUUGAAAUGUUGGACGAGAAAAAAUUCGACGUGGAGUUGAAUUUGUUGGCACUUCGAAUUCCGCGCGAGCAUUGCAAGCUCGCAACUCGAGUUCUCAAUGGAUACUUACUUGACAAGCCACGCGUCAAACCUGUAACAGAAGAUCCAGCGUCUGAUAAGAAUCGAUACAUGAUAUUAUCGGAGAAAAUUCAGAAUCCUGAUUUAUCGGAAAUUCCAAUUAGUAAAGUUGAUGAGUUGAAAGAGCUCUUUGAGAUUCAAGUAGUUCCUUAUUCGUUUACGCUCGGUUAUUCCUAUUGGAGUGCAGACCAUAUUUUGAAGCAGAUUCUGCCGACUGGGAUCGAAGUGCCUUCAUCAUUUGAGACAAUAGGUCACAUUGCCCAUCUGAAUAUUAAUGAUGAAUUACUCCCGUACAAGGAUGUUAUCGCAAAAGUUAUCUAUGAUAAAAACUAUCCGCGAAUAAAGACCAUUGUCAAUAAAGUUGGAGCAAUAUCGAACGAGUUUCGCGUGCCAAAGUUUGAAAUACUAGCAGGAGACGAUAAUUUGGUUACAGAGGUAAAGCAGUAUGGAGCAGUUUUCAAACUAGAUUAUGGCUUGGUCUAUUGGAAUUCUAGAUUGGAACACGAGCAUAUAAGGCUAAUCUCGAAGUUCCAGGCUGGCGAUAUCGUCUGUGAUAUGUUUGCCGGCAUUGGUCCGUUUGCUAUUCCAGCAGCACAAAAAGGAUGCCGAGUAUACGCAAAUGAUUUAAAUCCGGAUAGCAUUCGUUAUCUGGAGAUUAAUGCAAAAAUUAACAAGGUUGCUAAUCUAGUCCGUGCGUACAAUUCCGAUGCACGGAAAUUCAUUUGUUCGGUAAUGGAAGUGCUUUCAAGCGAAGAAAGUUCGCUAGAAUCCAAUGUAGCAAUCUCAAAUACUUCUGACAAAGGUAUGCAGUCAACCUCGCAAAAAGAGUCGGGUUCCAUUGAAGGUUCUAUGGAAGUAAUUCCGGAUAAAAACGGUGCUCGUUGUGAAAGUCAUGAGCAGUUGAAGGCGAAAGAAGAUGCGAAUUCUGCCGCUGUAAAAAGGCGUUCCGAAAAUUUAUCUGAAGUAGAGAGUGGAAGCGCAAACUGUACCGACAUUUGCAUGCCUGAAAGAAAGAAACGAGUGUUGAAUAAGCACGCUGGAGGAUCUCAGCCUUUCGUUGCAAAGCCAUGGGAGCACAUUGAUCAUGUCAUAAUGAACCUUCCUGCCUCUGCUUUAGAAUUUCUAGAUGCUUUGGGAGGUCUUAUCAACAGAAAACACUGGAAAGGCUCUCUGCCGUGGAUUCACUGCUAUUGCUUCAUGAGAUCAACAGAGACAGAUGAUUUAAUAAAAGCAAAGGCAGAGGCUGCAUUGGGUGCUAGUAUACGAGAUCCAGUAUUCUACAGGGUUAGAGACGUUGCGCCAAACAAGGCAAUGUACUGUUUAAGCUUCAGAUUACCAGAGGAAGCAUGCAUUGCUGCUAAUGAUGAUGACAAAGACAAGAAUGCCCUUGGUGACUGAGUCUUGAUAAAUUAUUUUUUGGUAGAGAUUGUGAAAACUGAAUGAAAUAUAAAAAUGCUAGUUUUGAUACUUUUUGCUC